AUGUUAAACAUUAGAUAUCUGGCCAGAAGAUUCGUAUGGAAUGAUUUGCUGCAAACACGUUUGUGUGCCGUUGGCCCAGUUACAACCACAUACCAGCGACAACUACAGUUUAGUGCGGCUCUUACCAAGCGACGAAAAACAGCCGAAGAGAAGCAUGCGAUCGAAUAUGCACCGAAGAAAAAGAAUAAACCACAGAUGUCGGGCGUAGUGGACAUCUGGCGUAACAUGACCGUUGCGGACCUUGCCCAAUCCUGCCAACUCGAUCUGGAACACAUUCAGGAGGUGAUGCUGUACGUGAAGGGUGCCGGUAGCAUUGACGGUACGGCACGGCUUGAAGAUCCGAAGCUGAUCAAAGAUAUAGCGGCCAAGUGUGGCUUUAAGACAAAAAUUGUAGCAGCACCGGUUGCGGAGAACGAGGAGGAAUCGUUUAAGGAUCGUGAUGUGGGGCCGAGACCACCGCCCGCACCCGAAAACUUAAAGGAACGACCUCCGGUGGUGACGGUAAUGGGUCAUGUAGAUCACGGCAAGACGACGCUGCUCGACUCAUUGCGCGGAGCAUCAGUUGCGGCCGGUGAGGCUGGCGGUAUAACGCAACACAUCGGCGCCUUUACGGUGGAGCUAGACAAUGGUGAAAAGGUGACAUUUCUCGAUACACCCGGACAUGCGGCAUUUAGUGCGAUGCGUGCACGUGGCGCCAAUCUGACGGACAUUAUAGUGCUGGUAGUAGCGGCCGAAGAUGGCGUAAUGGAGCAAACGAAAGAGGUGCUACGGCUCGCCAAAGAACUGUCCGUCCCGAUCAUUGUGGCGAUAAACAAGAUCGAUAAACCGGGCGUCAAUAUCGAGCGUGUAAAGAAGGAACUCUCGCAACACGGACUCGCGCUGGAAGGUUACGGAGGUGAUACAAUUGCGGUGGGUGUUUCGGCACUGCACGGCACGAAUCUGGACGAGCUGACCGAGGCUGUGAGCACACAGGCUACACUGAUGGGCCUGAAAGGGGAGUACACUGGACCGGUGGAGGGUGUCGUGGUGGAGUCAAAGGUCGAUUCACACCGUGGAAAACUGUCCACGGCUAUUGUAUCGCGCGGUACACUGCGCAAGGGUGCGAUAUUGGUGAGUGGACAGGCGUGGGCAAAGGUCCGCGGUCUAUUCGAUCACGCCGGACAACCCAUUUCGGUCGUCACUCCCGGAAUGCCGGUAGAGAUAUUGGGCUGGCGAGAAUUACCUCUUGCCGGUGAUACGAUACUGGAGGUGGAAUCGGAAAAGAUGGCCAACUCAGUACUGCGGUGGCGCGCAAACCAAGCCAUGAAGGAGAAGGCUCUCAGCGAUGCGGAAGCCAUCAGCCUUAAGCGAAAGGAGCACGAUGAGCAGUAUCAGGCAGAGCGCGAGAAGGCCCGUCUGUCUGGGUUUUAUCGUCGCAAACAACAGGGACCGCGACAGAAGGAGGCGACACCGGACGAUGGUAAGCCGCGCAUCAACGUGAUCGUGAAGGGUGAUGUACACGGCUCGGUAGAAGCCAUCCUGGACGUGUUGGAAACGUACGACGACAACGAACGUUGCCGGCUGGACGUGAUACACUACGCCGUGGGUGAUGUGAACGAGAGCGAUCUCGAGCUGGCCCGAUUGUUCGAUGCGAUCGUGUACGCAUUUGCGGUCAAUGUACCGAAUAAACCGCCGAAGGGUGUUACAAUCCGACCGGUGAACAUCAUCUACCGGCUGGUGGAUGAUCUGAAGAAAGAGAUUAACACCAAACUGCCGCUGGAGGACGUGGCAGAGGAAGUCGGCGAAGCGAACGUACUGCAGCUGUUCGACAUAAACGAAGGCCGGCGAAAAGUAACCGUGCUUGGGUGUCGGUGUACGAAAGGAUUGCUUAAGAAGUCGCUCAAGUACAAAGUGCUACGCAACGGUGAGCUGUUGGUGGACAAGCUCGGGCUGGAGUCGAUGCGCCAUCUCAAGAACGAAGUAGACAGUGUCAAGAAGGAUGUGGAGUGUGGAUUGCGACUGGAUGAUCAAACGCUCGAACUGAAGGCGGGUGACACGAUCGUUUGUUACCAAAUCAACCGGGUACCGCAACAGACCGAGUGGGAUCCAGGGUUUUAG